AUGCCAGGUGCCCAACUUGCCCCAGCUUCACGGGAGGCCCUUCCAAAGGCUUCACUCCAGCUGGAGCAUUUGGUUUGCAAUCCAUCAGGUCGCCGGUCGCCCAUUGGGCCAGAGCUUCAGCGUGGGCAGUGCAUCGGUGUCUUGCUCAAGAUGAAGCGUUUGCCACCGGGAGUCACUGCUGCGCACUUGGCAGUCUUGCGGCCCCACGUGAGGGAGACCAUCAAGAACUUGGUCCACAGUCAAGUGCCGCCAACCCUCAGCAACAUCACAGAGUGUUUGCGACGUGAAGGAGUUGGAGAACCUGCUUGCAAAGCUUUGCUCAAUCUUUGCCACAUUUUCUCCAGCACCUUUUGCCUGUGGGUGCCAGAAGAAGGUGAGGUAAGCAUAGUACUUCUUGAGGAGCCGUUACCUCCGCUACCAGAGAAGACCAUCCAGGACUUGCACAUGGCCGUAGCAAGGCGGCUCCCGCACAAAUUGAACAUGAUGAAUUUGGCGUGCAUGCGCGAGGCAGCCGAUCCAAGUAGCCGUGAGUUGGCGGAGGAACUGGCCAGGGAUGGAGUGACCACGUUGAUGAUCAAGAAUCUCCCAACAAGCCUCCAGCAACCACAGGUCAUGGAUGAGAUAGACAACACGGGCUUUGGCGGGAAGUACGACUUCUUCUACAUGCCAGGAAACUUCACCGGGCACCACAAGUCUUUGGGCUACGCCUUUCUGAACCUCAAGGAUGUCCAAAGCAUGAAGGACUUUGUGACAGUAUGGCACGGCACUAAGAGGCUGGGUGCCAAAGAGUAUCCUUUGAAGGUUUCCGCGGCUGAUGUGCAAGGCCGCGACGCCAAUGCUCAGAACUUUGGCCCACGGAUGCACCGUAUCCGCAAUCCAUCUUUACGACCUGUGAUUUUGGGUCCGUUCCCAGAGAAAUCAGAUCAAGCAUGA